AACAGACUGGCGCGAGUCGGGGGGAGGAGGGAGGGGGGCUAAGGGUAAACGCUCGUGCGCAAAAUGCCUAGUAAGCAUAAUUGUUGGGGAAAUCCACUCAUUUUAUAGCGUCCACGCUUGCAACGCACGCCGGCGCCGCGGUAAUCGCGCUUUUCUCUGAAUAAGCUCAAACAAGAUAAGUUUCAAACCCCAAACGGCCGCUCAAAUAUCCCUCGGGGGGUAAUUAUGCAGCGCGCGCAGAAGUGACGUCCUAUUACUUUAGUCCCAAACACGAACAAAUGCCACUAGAGUGAUAGUCGGGCUAGAGUGGGGAGAGCAACGGACGUCCAAACCGGCGACCCGGUAAGCGGAAAAUCUUGUUAAACUCUGUAACGCUUGAACGGUUGCGCAGAUAAGCGUUGAGAUGUCGUGCACUAGGCUACCACAGAGGGAAGAAGGGGGAAAGUAAUGGAGUGAUGAAGAGGUCUGUGGGAUGCGGGGGAAAGGAAGGGAUGCUCUGCAGCGGUGGUUCAGUCACUCAAUCGUAGAAGAGGACGCAACAAUGAGCCUGAAUGGUUAAGACUGGAUAUUAUCUGUAAAACAGCGCAUCACUGCUGUAAGCUGAACGUUGCGGGAUUUUGCUCACUGCUUCAAAAGGAAUUCAUUGCAGUUGUUCAACGUGGAUCCACUGCACCAUUCAGGUAUGGGAUAUGGACCAAAUUGCAGCGCCAAAAUGAGAAGUCUGUGGGUUGGUGUUUUGUUCAUGACUUUCACCUGCCGUCUGAGCCUUUCCCAGUCUACUACAGGGAUUCCUAAAGAGUCAGAGCUCAAUGAUAACAUCACAGUAUUCACACGAAUCCUGGAUGGAUUGCUGGAUGGCUAUGAUAACAGACUGCGACCUGGGCUUGGAGAGAAAGUGACAGAAAUUAAGACCAACAUCUUUGUGACCAGCUUUGGACCAGUGUCAGACACUGAGAUGGAAUACACCAUUGAUGUAUUUUUCCGUCAAAGCUGGAAGGAUGAGCGUCUGUGUUUCAAGGGGCCCAUGGAAAUGCUACCUCUGAAUAACCUGCUGGCCAGCAACAUCUGGACACCAGACACCUUUUUCCUUAAUGGCAAAAAAUCCAUUGCUCACAACAUGACAACGCCCAACAAGCUUCUGAGACUGAAGGAUGAUGGGACAUUGCUGUACACCAUGAGAUUGACCAUAUCAGCGGAGUGUCCCAUGCAGUUGGAGGAUUUUCCUAUGGAUGCUCAUGCCUGCCCACUCAAAUUUGGCAGCUAUGCCUACCCUAUCUCAGAAGUGGUUUAUAAGUGGACCAAAGGCCCUGGCAUGUCUGUGGUUGUGGCAGAGGAAGGGUCACGUCUCAACCAGUACCAUCUGAUUGGUCACACUGUUGGUACGGAAGAUAUCAGCACAAGUAGAGGUCAAUACACAGUCAUGAUGGCCCAUUUCUACCUGAAGAGGAAGAUCGGUUACUUUGUGAUUCAGACCUACAUGCCCUGCUUCAUGACUGUCAUUCUGUCCCAAGUCUCAUUCUGGCUCAACCGUGAAUCUGUCCCUGCCAGGACUGUCUUUGGUGUGACCACAGUGUUGACCAUGACCACCCUCAGCAUCAGCGCCCGCAACUCUCUUCCCAAAGUAGCAUAUGCCACUGCAAUGGAUUGGUUCAUCGCUGUUUGCUAUGCCUUUGUGUUCUCAGCGCUUAUCGAGUUUGCCACAGUCAACUACUUCACCAAACGCAGCUGGGCAUGGGAUGGAAAGAAGGCCUUGGAGGCUCAGCAGCCUAAAAAAAAAGACCCACUGGCACUCUCCAAAAAGCCAAACAAUGCCUGUUUGUCUGGAGUUAACUUCACCCCCAACAUCACGAAGGAUGCAGCUAUCUCAACCAUCUCUAACAGCACCACAGUCCAGCUGAAGAGCGCUGAGGCUAAGCCUGCAAUCGACCCCAAAAAGACUUACAACAGUGUCAGCAAAAUUGACAAGAUGUCUCGGAUAGUGUUCCCGGUCCUCUUUGGGACUUUCAACUUGGUCUACUGGGCCACAUAUCUCAACAGGGAACCAGUGAUUACAGGAGCGGUUUAGCCCACGCAAAGCCCCUAUGCCACUGCGACAUUCCUUUCACAACCUCUUUUUCUUCUUCACUUCAAUACUCGACGACAAGCUGAUCUUGCAAAAAAACGAUGCCGAGCACUUACUUACUGCACCUCUCACUUUGCUAUUCUAUAAGAGGAGUGCUCCUGUUGAAUUUUCUUCCUGAUUUCAAAAAUUGCAUGAUAGAUUCAAAGCUCUAUGGGAAUAUAAUUGCCAUAUCUGCCUUGACUUCCUACUUUAUAUUUCUCUGGUUUCCACUGGUUAUUGCAUUCAACUUACAAUGAAUUGAGCACCACACAAGCUUCCAUUUCAGCCAUGAAAAUUUUCCAAGGGAUGUGAACAAAAAUGAAUGCAUUUGGCAUCAGCAUUUAUCGCAGAAUAAAAAACAUUUAUGAAAAGAAGUACAGCAAGGCCAAAUGCUAUGCAAAAACCAUUUUCUACUAUGUUGUAAUGGGUAAUUGCUUAUAAUGAAACCCUUGCUUUGUAUUAAUGGAUUUCAGGCUUCUCUUCUUUGUUUAUUCUCUUCUUUGUCUUUAGCAUCAGUGGAGUAAUCAGAUGCUAAGCUAAGUUUUUAGCCAUGCUAAAAAUGUUGCCUUCAGAGGGAUUACUUCAUACGAGUGCUCGGGAAUGUAUCGCAAUUACUGAUUUCACUUUUGUUUGUCAUUUUUUUCUAAGCUUUUUUGAAGUAGCUAAAUAGAAUUGUGCACCUUAGGCAGCUUUUCACACUUUAGACCAAGAUACCCUGCAAGGUGAACAAGGUUGGGUUGCAGCUAAGAUUUUCGAAUCAUUUGUACAUAGCUUGUGUAUGCUUUGCUUUUAGCGUAGACGUGGCUUAACAUAAGUGAGGAAGAGCUAAAAAUUGUUCUGAUACACUACUCUGAUGUGCAGCCAAUGUGACAUGAAUGAUGAUGAAAACGCAGAUUUUAUUGUUAAAUAUUGUAGGCUUUGACAGAAUGUGGUAUUCCUUUACAGUUAAUGGUUUUUACAUGGGCUUUUCAUGCUGUUUAUGCGACAGACA